UACUAUAAAAUCGUAAAAUCAAAUUUAUUUGUAAAUAGUUAUCAAUAAUCAAUAUUUAUUUAAGAGGACAAGUCCCAAACUUUGAUCUUCCACUCACAUAUGUAUUCACUAAGACUAAGAGCAUGUUGGUCUAUAGACAUUAGAGAGGAUGAAAUGAUUUUGGCUAAAAAUUGUGCGUGGAUUAAAGAUUUUUUUGAGUAAAACUAAAAAAAAAAAGGGGGGCCAAUUGGUCAAGGACAUCGUAAUAUUAAUUAUUAUGAUUAUAUUCUAUUCAAGCCUACACUACAGCGCUAUAUAAGACAUUCACAAUCACAGACACAGAAUUCUCAUUUUCCUGGCCGACCGCAACUGGUAUUUUGAUUUCCUCUCUCGCCCUCUCUUGGUAUUGUUCUCCAAAUUGGAUUUAACGAAUCAACCUCGGAGAAUAAGAAGCCAUGGGUUUCGAUUCGUGCUUAAAGCCUUCUCUUUCUGCUCUCUCCAAGGACCUGCCCAAGAAGAAACGGACGAACAGAUUGGCGAAAUUGAAACAGAGCAAGGUCGAUGCUCGGCGUGAGCAAUGGCUUUCUCAGGCUACCGUUAAAAAUGAGGAGCGUACGGUUUCAUGUUGGAGGGGAAGAUCUCUUCCCUCAUCAUUGCGGAUGGAUGAUGAGGGGAACAGCUCAAAAGGAAGAACAAAAUUGAGAUCUAGAGGGGGAAAUAUUCAGAGUUCAACUGUUAAUGAAAGUGGUUUGGUGUCUCUCUCGAGCUGUCAUGUUAGCCGCGUUUUGGCUCUCCAUGAUUCAGAGAAGGAUCUUCCUGGUAGCAGUUGCAGCAGUGCCAGCAGUAGAUGUUGCUCUGGGAGCGUGAGUGAAACAGAAGAAGAUGAUGGCUGCCUGGAUGAUUGGGAGGCUGUUGCAAAUUCUUUGAACACUAGUGACAAUAAAAAUUUACAACUUUCAGAAGUGCUAAAAUUCAACAAUAUGAUUUCUGAUAAUGAAUUGUCUAAAGCGAGUUCUGGAAUCAAUGAGGUCAAAGCAGAGACCAAGGAAAUCCUUCCUAGGUAUCCAAUGACUUGUGGAGCAUGGCAACCUGAUGAUACAUUACGUCCCCAGGGUCUGCCCAACCUGUCUAAGCAGAAUGCUUUAGACAAUAACUCAGAGCAGCUUCAAGGCCAUGGAUCCGUCAGUUUGGACCCACACCAAGUUCUAUCUCAACCUUCUUUGUGCCCUAUAUGCUAUGAGGAUUUGGAUGCUACAGACUCUAGCUUUCUUCCAUGUUCUUGUGGAUUCCAGCUUUGUCUUUUCUGUCAUAAAAAGAUUCUUGAGAUGGAUGAUCGAUGUCCGGGCUGCAGGAAGCAAUAUGACCCCAUAAUGCAGGAUGAAGGCUUUAAUGGAGGGAUUGCAUUAUUUCAAACAGAUUGGUUGAUCACAAGGUCCUAGAAAUUUCAGUUUGUUCUGUAGAAUAUUGUGUAUAUGCAGUCCCUUGUAUCCUAAAUCAGCUGUGCUUUCAUUCUUCUUAGGGGUUUGGUAAUCAACAUGAAGACAUAUUGUACUGUUAGGAGCUUGAAGUAGUUUUCGGAAAGUGAGCUGUAAUUUUGAUGAGCUCAAUUCUUUCUUUAUGUUUCGACAAUUUGCUCUAGGACAUUCUUUACAAUGUGAAUCUAUGAUCAAGUUUCCCCUGAUGGAGUGCAAUGAGUUGAAAUAUUA